AGCUUGCCACACGCAGGCAACAUGGCGGCCCGUAAACAAAUUUUCUGGUUAAUAUCAACCGGUUUUAAUACUUUUGUUUUGCUUUGUAUAAUAGCAGAUUUUGUGUCAUCCAACCCUGACGUGGAUGAUCAUGAAGACUUAUCACAAUCGUGUCACAAUUUAGUUUGGAAUUUCAAGAAGAAUCUGACAACAGAUGAUCGCUUUAUGGAAGCAGCUAAAGAUAUUUGCAGUGGGACACUAAAAGAGCACCCGGAGUGUGUCACGAAUGCAAAGGGACAUCUGGUGUCAUGCUUGUUCGAUUACAAGGAGAACCUGACAGAGGUUUCUUGCAAGCAGUUUCUCGGAAAGAUGGAGGGGAUUGUUUUUAGCGACUACCGUCUAAUCUACAAGUUUACGGACAAUUGUGGUGCUGAAAUCAGCAGGCUUGGUUGUGGGCGUCUUGCUGGCUUAAAUGAUGAGCUGCAGCACUCUCAAGGUGCGACGAUCGAGUGUCUCGCGAAGCACAUCGAUGAGAAGGGAGGUCUGAGCAGCAUGUGCGAGAAGCAGAUCCUACGCAUCGCGGAGCUCCAGUCUGAGGACUUCCACCUCGACCGGCCACUCUACUUUGCAUGUCGCGACGACAGGGAACGGUUUUGUGCAAACACGCCUGCUGGCGAGGGAAAGGUCUAUAAUUGUCUCAUGAAACACAAGAUGCUACGAGAUAUGUCAUCCGAGUGCCGUGAGAUGCUGGUGACGCGCCAGAAGCUGGUGAACGUUGACUAUAAGGUGAGCCGAGGGCUGGUGCGUGACUGCCGGGAUGACAUCAAGCAACAUGAGUGUCAACCGGGAGCCGGCGGUAUUGCUGAGGAGAACAAGCAUGUGCGGCUGUCCUAUGUGCUCCUGUGCCUCGAGACGGCCAUGAAGAAAGGUAAACCAGUUGCAUCAACCUGUCAGGCACGAAUGCUUGAUCACAGAAAGCAAUUGAUGGAAGACUACAGCAUCAGUCCAGACAUAGUUCUUCAUUGUAAUAAUGAAAUAAAGAAUGAGUGCAAGGGUCUAGAAAAAGAUGGAAAGACAAUUCAUUGUUUAUUGGAGUUGGCACAGCCUCGAAAACAAAAAGAUGAAAUAAAGCAGGAUCGCAUGAGUGCACCAUGCCGCAGAGAGUUGGAGAGUCUGCUGAAAGUGGCAGAUGUAGGAAGUGAUAUAAGAGUAGAUCCGAUGCUGCAGGAGGCCUGCCAACCAGCUACUAAUACAUUUUGUCAAGACAUUCCUGCUGGUGAUGCAAGAGUUCUCAUCUGCUUAAUGGACAAUGUGGAUGAUCCCAAUAUGAAUGUAGAAUGCAAAGGUCGUCUAAUGGAGAUCCAAUACUUCAUUGCGAGAGAUUUCAGAUUAAGCAGUCGGUUGAUGCACGCUUGCAACGAAUAUGCAGAAAACCUCUGCGGGAGUAAACUAAAUCCAGAUGAUGACAGCGCUAACCAGGCAGAUGGUCAGAUGUCAGUUGUACCCUUGAAGCACAGUUAUACGUUGUCCUGUCUGUACCGAUAUAUGAGUUCACCUAACAAGAAGGAGAGAAAGGAGCUGUCACGUCAGUGUAGGUUCGAGGUGAAGCGGGUGAUGCGGCAGAGAGCAGUGAGUGUGAAGCUACAGCCGGAGAUCGAGGAGCCCUGCAUACACGACCUGUCGAGGUUCUGCUCAGACAACACAGAAGAGGAGGAGGAAAUGCAAUGUCUGCAAACUCACCUGGAUGAGUUGGAAGCCACUUGCAAGACAGCAGUGACAGAAUUUACGGAGAGGGAAGCUAAAGACACGAAACUUGACCGAAUAGUCAUGAAAGCCUGCAGAACAGCUAUCAAGAUGUUUAGCUGUGACGAGGUUGAUGAGGAUGACCAAGGAGAUGACAAUGGUGGAAUAAUGCGAUGUCUAGUCGAACACAAAAGCGAUCUAUUAAUCCAGAAAAGCCAGAAGUGUCUGUGUGGCGUGGAACACUUUCAGUUGAUUGCAUUAAAGAACAUCAACUUUAAUGUCAAAUUCAAAGAGUCAUGUAAAGAUGAUGUGUCUACUUUAUGUCAGGAAAAAGCAGCAAACAAAGCAGAAAUUGUGUCAUGUCUGAGUACUAUUGUGAGAAAUGACACGUUACUGGGACAUACACAGAGAAUCUCACCAUUCUGCAGAACCGAGUUACGAGUAGAACUGCUACAAAGGUCUGAGAGCAUUGACCUGGAUCCGAUGCUGCAGGUGUUGUGUCAGGAUGACGUGCGUCAGUUAUGUCAGGGCCUGGCACCAGGACGAGGAGCUGUACUCGAGUGUCUGCGUGAACACAAGGCGAAUCUUUCCUCUCAGUGCCACCAGAAAAUCUUUGAGCGAGAACGAGAUCAAGCCGUUAACCCAGACACGGAUUUCAUCCUUGUUGAGUAUUGCAAGCCUAUGAUAGAGGUCUUCUGUCAUGGUAUUAGUCCAAGCAUGCUGUUUAAUUGUCUCAAGAAGCACAAGUAUGACAAAGACAUGAACCCAAAGUGUAAAAUGAUCAUCUCAAAACGACAGAUAGAGAAGGCAAAAGAUUAUCGCCUUAACCCAGACCUGCAGCGUCACUGUCAGUCGGAUCUUCCCAAGUUUUGUUCAGCUCUUUUUGAUAAAAAGAUUGAUCUGAAAGAUAUGACGGCCUUCAAGGAAUUUGAGGGCAAAGUGAUUCUAUGUUUGAAGAAGCAGCUGUCAGUAAAUCGACUCUCCCAUCCAUGUGCUAAUAUUAUGAGGGAGCUAGUACAAGAGGCACAUGAAGACUACCGCCUUGAUCCACAGCUCACCAUAUGCAAGGCAGAUAUGACUCAUUUGUGUCCUGAACAGGUGGAAAAGGAGAAAGGCUAUGGGAGUGAGGUAGAAGACUGUCUCAUGAACAAAAUUUUAAAAAUUGCCAAUGAAGACUGUCAAAAGCAGGUUGCUCGGAUUGUAGCGGAAGCUAGGUCCGACAUCCACGUCGAUGAGGCGCUCUAUGAGGCAUGUGAGCUCGAUCUCAAGUUCUACUGUACCGACCUAGAUCCAGGAGAUGGCAGACAUAUGUCAUGCCUGCUCUCUUUGCUGGAGAUGAACAAGAUUAAUAGAAAGGAAUGCAAGGCGAUGCUACAGAAACGCAAGGAGCUGUGGGAAUUGGCUGCAAAGGUUGCCCCAGCACAGAGCAUGAGUGAUAUCUACACGCAAGUGUUCACUUCCCCAGCGCGCAACUAUUUCUUGAUUGUGGCAGCCACAGCGAUAGGCAUUAUAUUCGUCGGUGGACUUUUCUGCGGCAGGGUAACAAAGAAAGUGCGAGCCGAAAUGAAGAAUCGAUAGGGGUGGCCACGGUAUCUUAUUCAGGGCAGUCAUCAGAUGUGAUCGUGCGGCGUUGUCGUAUACUUCUCUCCCAGCGAUGUAUAUUUUACACCGUGUGCCUGUUUGUGACAACGUUUCUGUUAUUUUUGCACAGCACCUCCUGGCACAGAGAGUUACCAUAAAUGGACGGGAUUCGUUGUCUUUGCUGUGAGCUGGUCUUAUAUAUGUCAUUAUAUACGUUUGUCCACAUUUUGCAAAACCCGUUUGCUGCACGUUGUAUUUACUAUUCUGCGUGAGACACCGCUGGUUUGUCUGUUUUGCAAUAAUCUAUAAUUGCUAUCUGCUAUGCUUUGAGUUUGAAAAUAUGAGCAUGUUCUUUAUUUAGUUAUGGACGUGUAAUCUCUUGGUAAGGGAGAGAGAGGAGGUAAAUAGUUAGAUGCAGAGAGAGAGAGAGAAGAGAGAGGUAAAUAGAUAGAUAGAAAGAGAGAGAGAGAUAGUGAGGGGGGAAGAAGGGAGAGGAAAGAGAGUGUGAGGGAAAGAAAGAGAGAGAGAAUGCGUACAGUAGAUACAGGAACGCAGCGUAACGAAGCAAGUGUAAAUGCGACUGUUAGCAUUAUCUCUGUAUGUAUUAUUGUGUAUUCAUGUGAUAUGUUGUAAACAUAUUGCGUAGAGCCUUGUAAUCUGUCGAAUUUAUAAUAACCUAUAUAGCUGUGUAUUAAUCAAUUUUACAACGAGCAGUUCGAAAAAUCUACCUAUAUAUAUAUGUAUAUAUAUAUACAUAUAGCUGGUAUGAAAGUAGAUUUUCCAGUAGUUUGCAGCCCUGGUAAACCAAAAUACAGUUCUGUCUGACCCCGGUGUGUUUUUGCGUUGACAAUGAACUAAAUCUGUCAAAAGGUUUAGGGUAUAGUUGUUUUGAUUGAACUCUACCUGGGGAAAUAUAUAUGCUAUGGACGAAAAAUGAAGUAUGACUUUAAAUCUUUCUAAUGUAUUUAUCAAUGUAAACGUCAAGGUGUGCAAUUCGACUAUAAAAAAAACUUGAAUUGGUUAAUGUUCGACUUUUAUACAGCUGGUGUAUAAUGGUAUAUCAUGCUUUCUGUAAUAGUUUAGUCACUAUGAUCAUAUUUGUAGCGCUCGUGAUUUGCGCUAAUCUGGUAAUGUUGUCACAGUCCUAUAGUCAUAUAUAUAUACAGAUAUACUUUAUAUGAAAUCGCAGGGUGUAGGAGCGUACACAAAUAGUUGUUCCUGUCAUUAGAAUCUCUCCUGUAAUUCUGUUUCAUAGUUUUAGUCAACUUAUGUGGUAGCCACAGCUGUACUUUCAUGCUGCAUAAUGAUCGGAUUGCAGAUAUAUGAAGCGUUUGAAAGACUAGCUAUGUUAUACGCUUUGUCAUACACUACAGGAACAAACGUGUUCGACCUAUGUGAUUUAUGCAUGACGCCGGUGAUUUCUGAUAAUGAGGAAGUGUGUACACUUGUUUAUCUGAUCAAAUUUAUCUAUCACCGACUUAGCAGAUUUUCAUUUGACGGACGUGCAUAAUAGCUUACGUUUGACGAAUCGCGUAAUGCGAUGUGCAUGAAAAAUACUUCCAUGUACUAUAGCUAUCGUAUUCUCCAAUGUAGUGAGAGUAACGCCUGUUGCACACUGAUUACUUUUAGUCGCGAGAACGAGCGUGCAGUUAGUAGCUCAGUUUUGACAUUCAUGGUGGGUAGCUCCAGGGCAUCCCGGGCAUUGUCGGUGGCGCCACUUAUAAAACCGCCCAUGUGCGCCGCACUGAAAUGCGCAUCUGUAUGCACGGGUAUCACUGUAUCUGGCUGAAGUCAUUAUAAAGGGUUACGCACAAACGACCCGUACAGUCCUGAUGGUGAAAUCGGUUCAGUGUACGUGCAUUUCACGUAAAGUUUUAUGUGUUCUAAAACAGUGGCAAACGAUAUGCUGACAUGGUCAUGUCGACAGUGCGAAAUUUAUGCGCUGAGAAAGAAAGCGGUUUCAAAACAGCGCUGUUUACGUCCGGUGACGUGUUACUGCAACUGCCCAUUGUGACUGGGUCUGAUUAAAAAUAUGUGGGUAUAGUUUUUUUUUUGCUGCCUUACAUUCAUGUUUGUGUACAAAGUGGUAAUGUUUAUGCAAAGUGGAAUGCACACAUUAAUUCCUGCAUAUUGUUGUGAGCCACCGAGUCUACUAGCCACCUAUUUUUGCGAUCUCAGUCUCGGUUCGAUCAAUAUCCGAAACCACCGUUCACAAUUUUACAACCAUAACAAAAUGGCAUGCCAUCAUGUCUUUUUCCUGGUUCCAUUCGCACGCGCACAGACUAAAUGUGUUGUUCCGAACCUCGCCGAAUAGCGUUGGAACUAGCGAAUCAUUACCUCCGCCCACGGAGUGGAGGAUGUUAUGUGAUCGCUCUCGUGUAGUGUGUUAGUGUGUUCGCGCGGUCGAUAUUAGCCCGUCAGCCAGCCGGCGCAGCGAGCCAGCGAGCGUGUACAUGUGAGCGAGCAGCAGCAACGAGCGAGCGAUCUGGCGGAGGUAUGCACUCUCCGUGAGUGCCCUCUGUCUAGUUUUGAUAUGUGCCAGAUAUUGCACGGCAUUUGUACACGUGGUAAGCAUGCCAUUCAUGUUACGGCUGUUGUAAUUAAUAUUGUAACGAUCAUUAUUAAUACCCUUGUAACCUGUAAUAAAUGGCUUGCUGUAUAACCGCGUACUAUCUAUAGAUAACUGUAGUACCAAAACGUAUUGGCGCAGUUAUGUAUGGAAGGGAUAGUAUUUCGUGAAAUAAUAUACAGCUUUAAUAUUUGGA